UUUUCUCUGCGGUUUCUGAUAUUGGCACAGCUAGCACUUUACGCGUGGCGGGGAGAACGCUGCUGAGCUAGGGAAUCCUAGCUUCGUGACAUUAUGGCACAUUCACUCUAGAAGAGUGGAAGAAAUGGGAAGCAGCAUGUAGAGCACCUAGCACAGUGUCAGGCACAUAGUAGGUGCUCAGAACGUGUCAGCCAGUGUCAGAUAUCUGCAAAACGUAGAAAGAGACCCGAACGCCCUGCGGCUGAGAGCUUCACGUCGGGAAAAAAAAACCCCACACCUUCCUCCUUAAUUCCGGAGACAUCCCCAUGCCUACCACCCCCUUCGCUUGCGCGUGCUCGCGCAAUCCGUCUCCUCCACUUCUCCUCCCGUUUGACGCUCGCUGCGCGCCGUCGAGAACUCAGUGCGUUGCCACAGAGACGCGUGAGCGCCGAGUGGGGCGCGGUGGAGAACAGCGGAGACUCCGGACUAACGGGGACUAGAGCGCCAUGUCUUUCCGCGACCUCCGCAAUUUUACGGAGAUGAUGAGAGGCUUGGGAUACCCUCGACAUAUUUCUAUGGAAAAUUUCCGCACACCAAAUUUUGGGCUUGUGUCUGAAGUUCUUCUCUGGCUUGUGAAAAGGUAUGAGCCUCAGACUGAUAUCCCUUCUGAGGUCGAGACGGAACAAGACCGAGUUUUCUUCAUUAAGGCAGUUGCCCAGUUCAUGGCCACUAAGGCACAUAUAAAACUCAAUACUAAGAAACUAUAUCAAGCAGAUGGGUAUGCAGUGAAAGAGCUAUUGAAGAUCACUUCUGUCCUUUAUAACGCUAUGAAGACCAAAGGGAUGGAGGGCUCCAAAAUAGGAGAGGACGAUAUCAGCAAAUUCAAGUUUGAUCUUGGUUCAAAGAUUGCUGAUUUGAAAGCAGCCAGGCAGCUUGCUUCUGAAAUCACCUCCAAAGGAGCAUCUCUGUAUGACUUGCUGGGCAAGGAGAUAGAGUUGAGGGAACUGAGAACAGAAGCAAUUGCCAGACCUCUGGAAAUAAAUGAGACUGAAAAAGUGAUGAGAAUUGCAAUAAAAGAUAUUUUGGCACAGGUUCAGAAGACUAAAGACCUGCUAAAUAACGUGGCCUCUGACGAAGCUAACUUAGAAGCCAAAAUUGAAAAGAGGAAAUUAGAACUGGAAAGAAACCGGAAGCGACUCCAGACUCUGCAGAGUGUCAGGCCAGCCUUUAUGGACGAAUAUGAGAAGAUUGAGGAAGAAUUGCAAAAGCAGUAUGACAUUUAUCUGGAGAAAUUUCGAAAUCUGGCUUAUCUGGAACAGCAGCUUGAGGAUCAUCACAGGAUGGAACAAGAGAGGUUUGAGGAAGCUGAAAAUACUCUUCGUCUGAUGCAGAACAAGCUAAAGGAGGAAGAAAAGAGACUGCUCAAGAGUGGAAGUCAGCCAGGAGAGCCCGAAGCUGCCCUAAGUGAUAAGCCUGCAUGGAGUUUAUACCCUCCUGGGAGGCCUGGCACAGGUAAUAAUGACUCAGACAUUGACAUCCAGGAUGACGAUGAAUCUGACAGUGAACUGGAAGAAAGGCGGCUGUCCAAGCCACGGACAGCCAUGGAAGUGCUCAUGCAAGGAAGACCUAACAAAAGCAUCGUGGGCACAAUGCAAGGUGGAGACUCUGAUGAUGAUAUGGAAGGACCACCAGCUCUGUUAGGUAAAGGCAAGACCUCCAGCUCCAAGAAGCAGGAAGACUCAGAGGACAGCGAAAUUGACAUGGAAGAUGAUGAAGAAGAUGACGAUUUGGAAGAUGAGAGCAUUGUUCUUUCCCCAGCUAAACCCAGUCGAAGGGCCCGGAAACCUGAGCCCCUGGAAGAGAGUGACAAUGACUUCUGACCUUCUUACUAAGGAACCCAUGCAGAUUAAAACCCUCAGAUUGGUAGGCAUAUGGCAACGUAGAAGGUUAGGAAGGAAACAUGCUGUGUUCUCUAAGCCAGUUGGGCUGAUUGUUAAUGAAGUACGACCUAUUUUUGGUUUAGCCUCCUUUGUGUUUAAGGAGAAAUUUAAACAAGAAUCAGAGCAAACCCGGAAGAUGAUUUUUUUUUCCUUAUUUAUCUCCUCAAACUUGGGAAAUGCAUGUGUUCUUAGUGAGUCACAUCCACAGGACAAAAACUCAAGGAGAAAUAAGUUUGUGUGUCAGUGAGGAAAACCUGGGACUCGGGCAGCCCCGGGCACUCAUUCAGGAACAGCGGCAGAGUGUUCAUCACUUGUACGAUUUAGAGGCUGUUCAUUUUAGCCUCCAUUUCAUUUUAUAUAUAGUUUUAGUUUUCCUUCUGCAUGCUUACAAUACCAAGCUUUAAAUGUAUUUUACUAAAAUUUUCUGAAUGAAAGUUAGCUAAAUAAGAUGAAAACCAAGUUUGCUUGAUAAUCAGGCAACAGAAAUAACCGAUCCCAGUUAUAAGGUCUCCAUUUUCUCUUAGAAGGCUAACAUUCCUUCUUAGGAAAGCAAAUUAAGGAAAAAGUAUUAGUACAGAUUUGUGUUUCUAACUUAAAAAAUAAACCCAAAUUGAAUUAUGUGAGGAACACUAGACCUUCCCCACUAUGAGAAGAGAAGUGACAGGUAGCAUUGUGUUUUUUGGUUUUCGUUUGUUUUUUGGAAAGCACAGAACAGUUUUUGUUUUUCAUUUUUUUAACAUUAAAAAAAAUAUAUUAUCUUUAUUCUAUUUUCCCAUUACUAUUUAGUCCUUGUAUACCCCCUCCCCUCAGCAGUCACCACACUAUUGUCCAUGUCCACGUCCUUCCUUUGUUUUUCAGUUAUAAAGUCAGAAGACUUCUGAAGUGACUUUUCUUAAUAAAUGUAUUUAAUAGCAUAUUUUUACAUUAUUA